AUGAUAUUUGGCGUUGUUGCAAAGACUGGAUCAAGAUUAUUUACUAAACAUGAAUUAACAAAUUCAGCAAUGAACAAAGAACGUUUCUCAUUUAGUGCAGCGGUGUUUAUGUCAAUUAUUGGACUUGGAUUAUCGGUCUUUAGCACAAAUCAAAUGUUACUCGCCUCGGCAUCCACACGAUCUAUGCUGACCAAAUCCCAAUAA